GUUGAACUAGCGCACAACAAUGGCGACGACGAUGAGCUUCCUCUUGCGGCCGCUUUGCUUAUCCAGCACCACCAAAACCUUCCUCUCAAAAUGCCUCAAAACCCCGCUUUGCCAUUCCGUUUCUUCUCUCGGCGCUCGUCCUCGCUUCAUCUGCCGCUCUCUCUCUUCCUCUCCUUCUUCUAUCACUCUCUCCCAAUCCUCCUCUUCUUCUGUAACUCCAAACGAGAUCUUGCCGUUCCAAGAGGUCCAAUACGAAGAUAACAAUGGUACUGUCGAAGAAUAUGUUGAUGAUAGUGACGAUGAGCAAAUUGAGAUUGAAACCGAAAAUCGGCAAUUGGAGGGCGUUAAUGUUAGCGGCGGCGCCAAUGGAGAGGGAGUGGGUGUGAGCUCUAAGCGUAUGAAGUUGCUGAGUUUGACGGUGAAAGAGAAGAAGGAAUUGGCUUCUUAUGCCCACAGCUUGGGUAAGAAGCUCAAGUCACAGCUUGUCGGCAAGUCUGGUGUCACCGAUAAUGUCGCGGCUUCUUUCGUCGAAACCCUUGAAGCCAACGAGCUUUUAAAGGUUAAAAUACACAGAACUUGUCCUGGGGAGCUAGAAGAUGUUGUGAAACAUUUGGAGGAAGCUACUGGUUCAGUGGUGGUUGGUCUAAUUGGCAGGACUGUAAUUAUAUACCGACCCAGUGUCACAAAAAUGGAGGCAGAGGAAAAGAAAAAACAGGCUCGUAGACCUUUUGUGAGGAAAGAGACGAUAUCAAAACGGCCAUUGCUGACAAAAGGAGAAGUAUCAACCAAAUCAAGGCGUGGUCGUAGGGGUAUUAGCAGGUUUGCAUGAAUUCCAAACCUUUUGCCGAUCUCUGUAUAACUGGAUUUAGAGGGGUGCACCCAGUGCUCGUUACUUCUCCACUAUUCAACUGGAAAAUGAAUGCAUUUGUCGUUCGCGUGGUGCCCAAUUUGGUGUUGAUUUCAGUAACAAUCCGAGAGUUUUGUUCUUUUCAACAAGCGCUGCAGAAGAUGAAGGAUGACAAUGGUACUUCAUUAUUUUCAUUUCAUCUAGUUUAUGUACAUUUGCUCAUCAUUGAACUUCAGAAGUUUUGAAGUAAUGGUAUUGAAGCAGAAGCAAUCGCUCCUAAUUUAUUUAGUGGAUAUGGCAGUGCAAUGAAUCUGAAGAGUGGAUUUUUAUCUAUUGUGGAAUUCA